AUUAGAGUUAUCCGCCCUUGCUCAGCUGACGAAACAACACUCGGAUGCUUCGUGUCGGGACGAAAAUAGUGCCGGUUGUGUAAGGCAGGUUCAUAUAAUAACGGUGCGCUGCUGAAGUCAGACACCAAAGACUGUGGCUGUAAGAAAUAGACAUAAUCAACCGACUGCAAGUAGUAAGUAAUUUUCUCUGCAUCGUGUGCAACAUCAAAUUGACAAGAUGGGCUCGCACGGAACAGACAAGGUUUUGACUUUAGAAACACUCAACCCGAAUGUCAAGCUUAUGGAGUAUGCGGUCAGGGGACCUAUUGUCGCACGGGCUAAUGAAAUUGAUCAAGAAAUAAAAAACGGAGCCCAAAAACCUUUUGAAAAGGUGGUAAAGGCAAAUAUUGGCGAUUGUCAUGCAACCGGACAAAAACCGAUAAAGUUUAUACGACAGGUGCUUGCAUUAUGUACGUACCCGGAUCUGCUCGAUAGUGAGGAUUUCCCCGAAGAUGCUAAAAGCCGGGCAAGGCGUAUUUUGGGUGGAUGUCGGGGAGCCAGCAUUGGGUCGUACAGUGAUAGCGCAGGAGUGGCAGUGAUCAGACAGGAUAUUGCUGCCUACAUCACCCAGAGAGAUGGCUUUCCUUCCAGUCCCGAUGACAUUAUCAUGUCAACAGGAGCCAGCGAUGGAAUCAAGUCUAUCUUGACACUGCUGCUGACAGGAAAGGGUGGAAGCGACCAAGCAGGUAUCAUGAUCCCAGUGCCACAGUAUCCACUAUACUCAGCAGCCAUUGCAGAAUACAGUGCCUACCCCAUCAAAUAUUACCUGGAUGAAGAAAAGCACUGGGGUAUGGAAGUUGACGAGCUGAGGAGAGCUAUUGCUGAAGCUAAACCCUACUGUAAACCACGGGCGAUUGUCAUUAUUAAUCCUGGUAACCCAACAGGGCAAGUCCUGACCAAGGAAAACAUCAAGGCUGUCAUCAGAUUCGCUAAAGAAGAAAACCUGUUUAUUUUGGCUGACGAGGUGUAUCAGCAUAACGUCUAUGCACAAGGCAGUGAGUUUUUCUCCUUCAAAAAAGUGCUCAUGGAAAUGGGACCGGAAUACAACAAAAUGGAACUGGCGUCAUUUAUGUCGGCGUCGAAAGGUUUCAUGGGUGAGUGUGGCUACCGAGGAGGCUAUGCAGAGGUCAUCAACCUCGACCCAGAGGUCAGGACGCAGUAUCUCAAGAGCAUCUCUGCCAAACUCUGCCCGCCCAUCUCAGGACAAGCCGUCAUGGAUGUCGUCGCGAACCCUCCAGUACAAGGGGAACCAUCUUAUGAACUGUUCAUUAAAGAAAAAGAGGAAGUUUUGUCACAACUCAAGAAGAAAGCUCGCCUUGUGACCGAUACUUUUAAUUCGAUUGAAGGCAUCAAAUGCAAUGAGGUUCAAGGCGCCAUGUAUGCCUUCCCACAGAUUUUCUUGCCCCCCAAAGCUGUCGAAGAAGCAAAGAAGAACAACAAGGCGCCAGAUGCGUUCUACUGUUUCAGUCUCUUGGAGGAGACUGGAAUCUGUACCGUUCCUGGGAGUGGGUUUGCACAGAAGGAUGGAACUUACCAUUUCCGCACAACCAUCCUUCCUCCCCUGGAAGAGAUUGAGCGGGUGUUGAAGCAUUUCCGCACCUUUCACCUUCAGUUCCUCGAGAAGUAUAAGUAAACAGCCGAACCAGUUCCAGAAAACAUGGAGAUAAGUGGAAGUAGAGUUGUUAUCAUUGAGGUAGCUGAUAGAAUCUGUACGUCUGGACUUCGAGGGACAAGAUGAAGAUUUUACAGACACUUCCGUUAGUUAGUGAAAGUAGCCGGUGUAAGCCACCAAGAAUUGUAUUAUAAUAUUAUUAAGCUUAUUCAGAUAUCAUAUGCAGUGUUCAUAUUUUCUAGAUUAAUGGAGUUGUUUCUAAAACAAUUAUUAGAUAUGGGCUAAAGAUAUUUAUCAUAUUCAGACCUAAAUAAAUAAUAAAUAAUAUCCACAACUGGUUCCUUGGGAAUUUGGUACUUAUUCAUGUUUUGUUUUAUUUUGGGGGCAAAUGGCGUUAUAAUGAUUAUAAAUUUGUUGAAAAGUAAUGUUGUUUAUAUGAUACAGCGCUUUGGUAUUGUAGGCAUUAAAAUUGUGGGUUGUUGGUUUUAAAGCAUAUAACGAGAGGAAAAUUAUCAAUAGUAGAUGUGACAGGAUGUUUAAUGGGGUUUAGCAUUAAGAUUGUUAAAUCAUAUGCACUUAUAUCACAACGUGCAUGCACUUGUAUGUGUGUGUGGGGCUGCUUGUGCCAGUCCAUUAUAGACCAUGCCACAGUUUAACAUGAAUACCCUACUCAGACACAGUAUACUGACUCCGAGCCGACCAGUCCUUGUUUAAGCCCCUUAAUGCCAAGCAACAGCCAGGGUAACAACAAGUACCAUCUUUUAAUGUCUCUUUUUAUGACACAGCUGGACCAGGAGGUGGCCUGGUUGGAGAUUUGAACACAGUGCAUGCCUUACAUAGUUUUCAUAAUGUUAAUAGUAGUUAGAAUGUUUUGUGGAAUGUAUAAUUACAUGUAGUUUUUGUAGUAAAUGUUCAACUUGAAUACUCCAAGUAGAUGUCAGUAUGACUUACAAUAACAACUACCGUAUUCGAUGUAAUAAGCGCCCCGCUCUAAUAAGCGCACGCCGAAGACCCGGGUUUGAUUCCCGACAUGGGUACAAUGUGUGAAGCCCAUUUCUGGUGUCCCCCGACGUGAUAUUGCUGGAAUAUUGCUAA